AAAUUAAACCCGGGGCCCGCCGGCCGGGGAUGCUGCGCGGGGGCAGGUCGGGGCAGAUCCGGCAGCUGCGCGAGCCCAGCGCGCACCUGUGACCGCCUCCCCGCCCGCCGCCAGACGAACAUGGCCACUCCACCCAAGAGAAGCUGCCCGUCUCCCUCCACCAGCUCCGAGGGCACCCGCAUCAAGAAAGUCUCCAUCGAAGGGAAUAUCGCUGCAGGGAAGUCAACAUUUGUGAAUAUUCUUAAACAAGUCUGCGAAGACUGGGAAGUGGUUCCUGAACCUGUAGCCAGAUGGUGCAAUGUUCAAAGUACUCAAGAUGAAUUUGAGGAACUAACAACGUCUCAGAAAAGUGGUGGGAAUGUUCUUCAGAUGAUGUAUGAAAAACCUGAACGAUGGUCUUUUACCUUCCAAUCAUAUGCCUGUCUCAGUCGAAUACGAGCUCAGCUUGCUUCUCUCAAUGGCAAGCUCAAAGAUGCAGAGAACCCUGUAUUAUUUUUUGAACGAUCAGUGUAUAGUGACAGGUAUAUUUUUGCAUCUAAUUUAUAUGAAUCUGACUGCAUGAAUGAAACUGAGUGGACGAUUUAUCAAGACUGGCAUGACUGGAUGAAUAACCAAUUUGGCCAGAGCCUCGAAUUGGAUGGAAUCAUUUAUCUUCGAGCUACUCCAGAAAAAUGCUUGAAUAGAAUAUAUUUACGGGGAAGAAAUGAAGAGCAAGGCAUUCCUCUUGAAUAUUUAGAGAAGCUUCACUAUAAACAUGAAAGCUGGCUCUUGCAUAGGACACUGAAAACCAACUUUGAUUAUCUACAGGAGGUACCUAUCUUAACAUUGGAUGUUAACGAAGACUUUAAAGACAAACAUGAAAGUCUGGUUGAAAAGGUCAGAGAAUUUUUGGGAACCUUGUGAUCUUACUGAAGACUACAGGUGACCAUAUGGUUCCAGAUCCUUCAGCUUUGUAUGUCUUCAUAGCUCCACAUUCAUGCAAGUCUUUUUAGAAAACCCAAGUUUUUAACCAUCUUUGUUCCAAGAUAAAAAGAUUAUCUUAAUGAAUUCCAUGUAAAACUUUAAGACCUCCUUCUCUAAUUUUUUUCCCUUCCUUUUUUUGUUUAAAAUGACAUUGAGUUACCUUUCACAACAGAAAGUCUGGAGAUAGUUGGUUCUAGAAUCAGUGUAGUGGCUAACUUGUAUAUUAUAAAGGCCCAGCCUCCUUCUAUCUUUCCUCAUAGUCUUCCUCAGAAGAUUGUUUUUUUUUUGGUCAUGGUGCUUCUCACUUUGCUGGUAACCAUUUUCUUAAUUGGUAACUUUAAUGUCACAUAGUAAAUGGUGUGUGUCCUAUGUAAAUUAGUUCACCUAUUAAAAGUUGAAAAGUGAAUUUAAGGAAUCGCAGUAAUAAGGAUUCUGAAGUUUUAUUUUAAAUGUUUAUCAGAUGCCUCUCAUUCCACCUUAAUUUAUAUGGAAAAUAAGGUCCAAGUUCAGUAUUUAAUGACUUCACUGAUAUUUAUUAAUAUGUCUAUAAAAAUGUUUGUAGAGCAGGUUUGACUUUGUUCCCAGUUUGGCCAUGGGGGUAACCUGUCUUAUAAGUCAUUUAGUAUUUUCUCUACCUUUGCUUCUCAUUUGUAAUAAGGGUAAUCUUUGACUCAUGCUUUAUGUGAAAUUUUAGAGGACUAAAGAGAAACUCUUUCUUAAUAGAUAACUGAAAGUUAUUAUAUAAAAGUGUAAAGAUUCAAUGUACAUGGAGCUUAAAAUUGCUACCUGUUUUAUCUCAGCUCUACUAUUCUUUUUGAAUGGAAAAUUAUUAUAGUUAAAAGAUUUGUUUAAUCUAUACUUGUCCUUAAAUCAUUUGAGUUGGAAGUGUAGUUUUUUCUAUGUUUCUUACAGUAUACGAACUAUUAAGGGAACAUAGUAUAUAGUUUUUUUCUGCUGUUCCUUCUUUACCUUCUGUACCUCAUACUUAGUGAGAAGUCAGAAAGUAAAGCGAUCGUGAACUAUCUUAUUAGCAAUUUGUUCUGUUUAGUCCCACCUCUUAUAUCCUGCCUCAUACUGCUUUUUGUACUGUCUGGAUUAAUUAGGUAGCCUGCUAUUUUAAAGUUUACAUACAAAUCACACAUUUCUACUUUGAGAGCAUUGUGGUUCCUCUUCACUUCAUAGUUUAUUUUAUUUUGUUUUGUUCCUUUCAGAGAAGUUAUUGAUAAAAGAUGUUCUUGCUUUUUGUGUAAUACAUCAUGAAAGUAUUAUCAAUUUUUGUUGAACUAGGAAAUAAAGUUUAAAAACACAAGGAAGUUGAAACUUCCAUUAAUAAGUCACACUUAUUUAAUCUUAAAACUAUGUGAAUAGUUAUAAAAGUCGGCUUAGAUUCAUGUUAGCUCUGUGUAUGAUUAAAGAGGUUUUUUUGAAGGCAUGCAGUAUAUUUCCAUUGUAUUUAACCUUUAUUUCUAUUUCAUGUUUUAGAAAAAUUGUGUGCUUUUGGAAUGAAGGAAAAAGUCACAUUUAUUUUGAAACUACCAUUUUCUUUCCUCAAAUGUCAUGUUUUAUUUUUUGUUUCUUAUUCAAUGAUGAUAAUGUUUUGGAUUAGCCAGUCCAGAUGCACUGACUUUGAAACAGUGACUUAUUUUCAAAUCUGUAAUUACUAUUAGUAUUUAAACUGUCUCUUCUGUGUAUUUUUGGUUAAUUUUUGUUUGAAAUACAUGAACUUGUCUACUUAUUUACAUAUUUGUUAAUAAAUAAGUUUAAAUCUAAUGAACUACAGUGGAGGUACAUUCAU